CCUGACCGAUGAGCUGGUAGGAACAAGUUUAGUAUCUAGGGGCCGCGCAGCUUCAAAUCACUGGUUUAGCGGGAAUCAAGGAGCUUGGGCCAUACCAUAUUCCACUCAGAGUCUAGAGGUCAGCUACCCAGGCUGGGGCUUCUGGGGCAGGCGAGGUCCCAAGGCCCCUGGAAGAGCUGGUCCAGGGGACCGAAUUGCCGGUGUCCCCUCCAGAGCAGAGCAUGACCACACUCCUGCUGCUGCUGCUGGGCCUCAGCCUGGGCUGCACCGUAGAAGGUGGCUUUGUGGCCCAUGUGGAAAGCACCUGUCUGUUGGAUGAUGAUGGCACUCCAAAAGAUUUCACGUAUUGUGUCUCCUUCAACAAGGAUUUGCUGACCUGCUGGGAUCCAGAACAGGCCUUAAUGGUUCCUCGUGAAUUUGGGGUGCUGUAUACCUUGGCCAAAUCUCUCUCAGAUUACCUCAACCAAUAUAAAAACCUACUCCAGCGCUUGUCCACUGGGCUCCAGGACUGUGCCAAUCACACCCAGCCCUUCUGGGGAUCACUGACAAAUAGGACAUGGGCACCAUCUGUGCAAGUAGCCAAAACUACUCCUUUUAACACAAAGGAGUCUGUGAUGCUGGCUUGCUACGUGUGGGGCUUCUAUCCAGCUGAUGUGACCAUCACAUGGUGGAAGAAUGGGCAGCCUGUCCCCCCUCACAGCAGUGCCCAUAAGACUGUCCAGCCCAAUGGAGACUGGACAUACCAGACUAUCUCCCAUUUAGCCACGACCCCCUCUUUUGGGGACACCUACACCUGUGUGGUGGAGCACAUUGGGGCUCCUGAGCCCAUCCUUCAAGACUGGACACCUGGGCUCUCCCCGACACAAACAGUGAAGGUUUCUGUGUCUGUGGUGACUCUGGGGCUGGGCCUCAUCCUCUUCUUUCUUGGUUUACUCAGCUGGCGGAGAGCAAGGUCCUCUGGCUACACUAUCCUCCCUGGGUCCAAUUAUCCAGAAGGUCAGAACGUUUCCUAGAGGCAGAAUCCUACAACUUCCACUCCAAAUGAGAAGGAGGCACAAACUCUCAGUGAUGCUGCUGAGCCCCUCCCACAUCCUCAAACCCUCCACAUUUUCUUGGAUCCUAUGUUUUUUUCAUCCAAUUCUUUGAAUUUCCCAGUCCCCAUAUGUAAACCUUAGCAACUUGGGGGAGCUCAUUCCUGGGAACAUUCUGUAACAAAGUUAUUGUCCAAGCCUGUUUGUAGGGUGAAUGUAAUCUGGGGAGGGGGGAUAAAGGCCCUCCCGGGGGCCCAACAGAGGGCAAGCAGUGGCUGGGAUCAUUUCCAAGGAAUAAAAUCUGGUGGAACUAU